UUUGAAGUUGAGAUUGAAGGGGCGGCCGGGCGGCGGCGGCGGCGGCGUGAUCGCAAGAGGUUCCGUCCACUGCCACCCCUACGCAAGAGAAGAGGGUGAUUCGUCGGGAUCCCAGUUCGAGAAAGAAGAUGAGCUCGGACUUGGAGAAAUCCAAGAACAAAAGGGCCAUGGCGGCCGUUCCGGAGGAAGUCCUGGCGAAGAAGAGGAAUCUGGGGAGGGAGGAAGGGCAGGAAGAAGAAGAGAAAAAGGACUCGCCUGCUCUACUUCCCAUGCCCAGAGGGAGCCGUGGCUGCUUCAUCGAUCCCAGGUGGCUCACCGCCAAGAUUGCAAAGGAUAAAAUGGAUGCCGCAAAAUUAGCAGCUCCCAUUCCCCCGGUGAAGAUUCCUACGCUUGAGCACUUUAAACCCCCGCCCAGGUUUCACACACGGGCGCUUCUCCCCUUGCGUGAAUCUGGAAGCAAGGCGGCGCUCUCCGCUGCUAAAUCUCUUGUUGGGAUUUCAUCAUCUCUUGAUAUAGGUAGCAAGCCUCUAAAGCGGUGCUCUGGUUUAUUGAUUGAUUGGGACGAGGAGAGCAAAACCUGCGUUGUUUUGACAACUGCACAUCUGAUUCGCACAAAGGAUUCUCCUGUCAAUGUCUGGUUUGGCGGAGAAGAGUAUACUUCCAAUGCUGAUGUCACUGUUCAUUUACUAGAUGGCACUAGUGAAAAGGGACAGCUGCUGUACUACCAGCCACACUAUGAUCUUGCUUUUGUGCGGGUUAAAGUGGACCAGCCUAUCCAGUUGCCGUCUUUCAGUGAAGAAGUGACAUUUGCUGAAGAAGUUCUUCGGCUAGGACGAGACAAUAUGUUAGAUCUACGGAUAACUUAUGGUAGAGCUGCAUAUCAGAAUCCAGAUAUUGAUGAGCGGUAUCAUUACAUGUACUUUGAUUGUGCAGAUGAUGAUAACGACGAUGACGAGUAUGACAGCGGAGGGCUAGUCAUUAGCUUGGAUGGAAAAAUUGUUGGAAUGUUCAACAUUAGCUCGAGGGGGUCUUUCAUACCUUCUUCUAUUUUGCUCAGUUGUGUGGAUUUGUGGAAGAAAUAUGGGCGCAUCCCCCGGCCCCAACUUGGAAUGACGUUUGAGGCCAUCAAGCUUCUAGAGCCUGCUCAUGUUGACAAGAUAUGGCGCAUGUGCCACAUUGAUGAUGGUCUUGUUGUUCAAGAGGUCUUGAAAGGAUCUCCUGCUGAUAAAUUUGGAAUCGAAAGAGGUGAUAUUGUUGAGUGUUUCAAUGGAGAAUCCAUUUCUAAUACUGUUGAGUUGGAGAAUAGGUUGAUGAACACAUGCAAGGGCCUUUCAGACAAUUAUAAUGACCUUAUUGAAGUUCAUGUUUCUGUUGGGGUGUUUCACACGCUUAAAAAACAGCGAAGGAUUGGAGAGUUGACUGUAAGUGUAUCCGAUCUUGGAGAAGUUAUUGCAAGAGGUUCAAGAAAAAUCUCCUAAUUCUCUGCUUCUUAGGUCCGUCUAGAGUCCUUGGAGAAGAUCCUACUGUCUCAUGAACUCGCUGCCAGAAAAGGGAUGCCAGGCUACUAGAUGUUUCUGUGCUGGGCGUACUGUGUUGGAUACUUGACCUGUGACCAUAGCCAGUACUCUAGAUAUUAGAAAUGACUUUAUAAUUUCUAUAUAUGAGUAAACUGCACAAUCCGCCGGAAAAGCUUUUUGGGUGUGUCGAAUAGCAACACACCACAUUGAUCCGUUGCGUGUUCUUCCACAUCGCAAGUGGAGCUCCGAGUGCAUUCUUCCUUUGUGGUGUCUCUGGUGGGAUGAACUUGAUCGACGGCACAUUUGGCAGCUUGAACUUCGUCUGCCACACAUUCUUCUUCUUUUUUGGUGUCGGCGGUGGGA